UUCUAUCCACCUUCAACAAAGAGUCUGUGACCUUUUUAUUUCAGCUUUCGAAAACGGUCUGGAACCAGUUUGAGCAUACGCCCUAGUAUUUAUUAUUACUUCGAAAAGAGUCGUCCAGACAACGAACGAGAAUCCACGAAUCAUCAGUUCAGAUCACGUUAUCAGUCACAAUGUUGGUCAAGAGUGUACUUGUUGGGCUCCUAAGCCUGUCCGCCAUGGCAGAGGCUUCCGUUAUCCGGGAUCCUUUCGACAACGUUCUUCACCAGCGGGCUAGCCGGUCUCUUCAGGGUCGACAGAAUCGUGGCGGCAACCGCGGCGGCAACGGAGGAAACGCAGGCAAUGCAGGAAACCAGAACAAAGCUACCUCCACUGCUGCCGCUGCCACCAACACCGCGGCUACUGGAAACAAUGGCAAUGCCAACAACGGCGGGAACAACGGCGGGAACAACAACGCCGCCGGCAGUGCUUGUCUUGCUGCCAAUGCUAUUCAGACUGGCAGUGCCGCCGACGGCUCUCAGGGUGCCAGUGCCGGACAGGCCAAAUCCGCAACGGACGCGGCCAACUUCAUCAACUUCUGUCAGGGCGAGACUCUCACCAACGGCCUGCAACAGAAGCAAGGUUCUUGCAACGGUAUUCCCAUGGGCAAAAUGCCAGCCCAGGCCAAGAUGAUCUCGGCCGUGUUUGUUAACCCUCAGAAUGGCGACAACAUUGCUGCGAACCAAGACUUCAAGAUUUCUGUUCAAAUGGCUAACCUCGCUGCCGGCACCUUCACCAACCCUGAUAGCACUUACUACUCUGCCCCUCAGGAUCUUGAUGGCAGCGGACAAGUCAUCGGCCACACUCACGUUGUCGUUCAAGAUACUGGCAACAGUUUGAACCCAACCAAGGCUCUCGAUGCCACUCAAUUCGCCUUCUUCAAGGGAAUCAAUGAUGCUGGUAACGGAAACGGCUUGCUAUCCGCUGAUGUCGCAGGGGGUCUGCCCGCUGGAAACUACCGUGUCUGCUCGAUGACUGGUGCCGCCAACCACCAGCCUGUCCUCAUGCCCGUCGCCCAGCGUGGCCCUCAAGAUGACUGUGUCCGGUUCACUGUUGGAGGCAAUGCCAACAACGCAGGAGGCAAUGCCAACAAUGCAGGAGGCAAUGCCAACAACGCAGGAGGCACUGCCAACAACGCAGGAGGCAAUGCGAACGCAGGAGGCAAUGCGAACGCAGGAGGCAAUGCGAAUGCAGGAGGCAAUGCGAACGCAGGAGGCAAUGGUAAGUAAAUCUUUACUUUCAAACAUUCCUAGAAGUCAAGACGCUAUAGUACCGUCUCCGAUCUUUUCAACAUAAGCCUCACACAGAUCAUCCUGCCUUGCUUUACAAAGCAUCAGAUACAGUCACAGACACACUCUCCACAGCAGAUUACAGCAGACUCUUUCCAUCACAACAGCAGCUUCUUCCUCCACUACAACAGCAGCUUCUUUCCAAUCACACAGUUCCACUAGCUCCUCCAGCCACUCCAAUCAUACAUGAUCUCACCACACCGUCAGUCGCAGCUUAGCGACUUCCAGCCUCCUAGGUUUGAUUAGGUAA